AUGCCCGCUAAAGCCCGAUCGAAGGCGAGGGAGAGGAACAACGUCCUGAACCGAGCCGAGUUCAUGUCCCUGAACCAGCCCCCGCGCCCUGGGUUCGGUGGUCCCGGGGCGCAGCCUGAGCGAGGAACGAGCAGCGGGCGGAGGUCUUCAUUCAAGCAGCAAAGCAGUCAGCCCGAGGAGUCCUCCGAGUGCCCCGGGAAAGACAAGAAGGAGCCGGGGAAGCUGCCGGAGGAGGACUGCAUGCAGCUCAACCCCUCGUUCAAAGGCAUCGCUAUGAACUCUCUGCUCGCCAUCGACAUCUGCCUGUCCAAGCGCAUGGGGGUGUGCGCGUACACGUGGUCGUCCUGGGGCGGCUGCAGGUCCAUGGUGUCCCUCUUGUCGCUCACUGGUCACGGGGUCACGUGGGUCAUCGGGACUAUCGUGUGUCUGACGCGGAGUAACACGCUGGCGGGACAGGAGGUGCUGGUGAACCUGCUGCUGGCCCUCCUCCUCGACGUGAUGACCGUAGCCGGGGUCCAGAGACUCAUCAAGCGGCGAGGCCCGUGGGAGAUGGUUCCCGGGUUCCUGGACUGCGUGGCCAUGGACAUGUACUCUUUCCCCGCGGCGCACGCCAGCCGGGCCGCCAUGGUGUCCAAGUUCCUCCUGUCUCACCUGGUCCUGGCCGUGCCCCUGCGCAUCCUGCUGGUGCUGUGGGCCUUCCUGGUGGGCCUGUCCCGGGUGCUCCUGGGCAGACACCAUCUCACCGACAUGCUCUGCGGUUUCGCUCUGGGCCUGCUUCACUUCAGCCUCAUGGAGACUGUGUGGCUGUCGUCCAGCACCUGUCAGACCCUCAUCUCCAUCAGCACUUUCAGCUGGAGCCCCUUCCCCUGA